AUGGAACAUAAUCGAGAUGAUAUCAAUGAUAAUACAUCUUGGGAGUCUACUACACCUCCACCAACAUACGAAAGCACUAGAGAUUCAUCAACAGCGACAGGAAACAACAACAUUGCAACGAUUCAAACAACUCAACCUCAAUCAAUAUCACCACCAGCAUACACACCAAAUCUUUCUUCGAACGAGGCUCAUAAAUACUUGCUAGGCUUUGGCAAGGAGGAAGAUUAUUCAGAUUAA